UCAAUGAAGUAGUAAAAGGGGGGAACAUCUGUGGCAGAAGAGAGGGAGAGGGUUUUUAGAAGGAGUUUUUCAUAGACUGUUUGCUUUGGUUGGGUUCCCUUCUUUUAUUUACUGAAUUCCAGAGGUGACCAAUACAAAAACAAAUUGAAAAUGAAGUUCAUAAUCGGCAUUGGAGGCGUGACCAACGGUGGGAAGACCACUUUGACAAAUAGGCUACUAAAGACAUUACCCAACUGUUGCGUGGUGCAUCAGGAUGACUUUUUCAAGAAACCCGAUCAAAUAGAAGUCGGGGAGGACGGCUUUAGACAGUGGGAUGUGAUCACCGCUCUGGACAUGGAGGCUAUGGUCAGCACUGUGAAAGGCUGGCAAGAGAACCCGGUCAAGUUUGCACGCUCACACGGCGUGAGCCUGUCACCUGAAGCUGAGGAAUUCAACUCAGAAGAGGGGAUACAUAUUCUCAUCGUGGAGGGCUUCCUCAUCUACAACUACAAGCCUCUAAUUGACAUCUACAACAAAUGUUUCUACAUUUCCAUUCCUUAUGAGGAGUGCAAAAGGAGGAGAAGUACAAGGACAUACACACUCCCUGACCCCUCUGGCCUGUUCGACGGCCACGUCUGGCCCAUGUAUUUGAAACACAGGAAAGAGAUGGAGAACAACUGUGACAGAAUAGAGUACCUUGAUGGGAUGACAUCAAAGGAAGAUAUCUACAAUGAAGCAUAUGAAAGUAUUCAAAACUACCUGCUUAAUAACAUAUAGCAAGACGGGAAUAACAGUGGAUUUGUGUAUAGACUUGUAAAUAUCAUUUUGAGUGAAUGUUUAACACCAGUUCUGUACUUCUAGGCUGAUUUGUAAAUACUUAAUCCUUAAUAACUUAUUAAGAACUAAUGGCAGAAACAUUGUAUUUUGUAUCGUCCUUUGUAACUUUUUCUAAAAGAUAAGACACCUCUGGACUGCCCAGUGUUUAACAUCAGGGAGAGGAUCAACUCAACUCCGAUCUUGUUAAAUGUAAACAUAUGAAAUGCCCACUGGGAAGAAGGAUUUGUGUAUCACAACUAAAUGAAGUGACUGAAUCCAA